GGCGGCCGGCCGCGUGUGGGGCGGGGACGGUGGCCGAUGGUGGGCCUGGGCUCGGUCCGGCGGCCCGGCCGGCUGCCGCCCGCGCUGCUGCUGGGGCUGCUGGGCGCCGUGGCCGUGCUGGCCUUCAACUACUGGAGCGUGUGGGCCCGGCACGGGGCGCUGCGCGCGCAGCUGUCCGCCCUGCAGGCCCGGGCCCAGCGCGGCGAGGCGGCCCGCGCCCGCCUGGACAGGCGCAACGCCGACCUGCUGCUCCUCGUCGACUCGCACAAGAAGCGGCUCGAGCGGCAGGACGCCGACUGCGGCCGUCUGGCCGCCCAGCUCCGCGACCGACAGGGGCACGGCCGCACCUGCGACCACGACAAGGUCAAGUUGCAGAACAAUAUAUCGUACCAGAUGGCAGACAUCCAUCGUCUAAAAGAACAACUUGCCGAGCUGCGCCAGGAGUUCCUCCGCCAAGAGGACCAGCUUCACGACUUCAAGAAGAACAAUACUUACCUCGGGAGGAGGCUGGAGUACGAGAGUUUUCAGUGUGGACAGCAGAUCAAGGAACUCCGGGCCCAGCAUGAGGAAAAUAUUAAGAAGCUGGCGGACCAGUUUUUGAAAGAACAAAAGCAGGAGGCUCCGAAGGUCCAGUCCAAUAAUGAAAACGAGCAGGGUAGACCAGGUGGGCCGGGGCCCCCGCCCGCCGCCGAGGGAGCAGAGCCCACCCCGUCUAAGAAUGAGGAGCCCUCGAGCAACCAGAUCCCCCCGGGCAAAGAUCAGGUGAAAGGCGGAAGCGACGCGGGCAUGCCCGGGAUCGAGGAGAAUGACCCCUCCAAAGCGGAAGACCUUCCCACCGCUCUCAAGAAGCCCCUUCUUGCUCUUCCUCACCGGGAAGAUCAUCAGGUGAACGUGUAUCCACCAACGGGGCAGCCCCACACCCCAAAAGUGGCUCCAGGUGGAAACUCUGACGAGAACCCUGCCCCUCCGAAGCCCAUCCCUGCCAAUCCUCUGCAGCGUUUAAUUACCGGCCAAAACGGGGAGAAAGACGGCGAGCGCAGAGCUCACCCCGACCUGCCCAAGCCAGUGCCAAAGGAGAGAGUCGGUGACUUCCACAAGAUGAAGCAAAGCCGGUUCUUUGAUGAGAACGAGUCCCCCGUUGAUCCGCAGCGGGGCUCUAAAGUGGCGGAUUACAACGGGGACGAUGGGAACGUAGGUGAGUACGAGGCGGACAAGCAGGCCGAGCUGGCCUACAAUGAGGAAGAGGAUGGUGACGGUGGCGAAGAAGACAUCCAAGACGACGAGGAGCGAGAACUUCAGAUGGACCCCGCGGACUACGGCAAGCAGCGCUUCAACGACGUCCUGUAAAUCCCGCCGCCGAGGAAGACGGCAGGAAGGCCGAGCGCGACGACCGCCGGACCCGCUCGGCUCCGGGGCUCCCUGGCUCUCGCCGCCGGAGUCGGUUGUCAAGAAACAGGAAAAGCGGAUCUCUUCAGAAACAACAAGUGCGCUGAGAACUUUAACAGAUGAAUGCGAGAGACGCUUGGGAUCCCAUACACACGUCCAUCCGUGAACUCUUUCGUCUUGCAUCAUCCCAGCUGGAGCUGCUUGGGCUCCCUUUCAGCGAGCCGGUCGAUGAGGAAAGCCAAACAGAUAGAUUUCAGAACUUACCGAGUCCGCCUCGGUUCUACAAACGGUUCGACUGGAGAAACGUCUCGGUUCGUCGUUUCCCAGGUGGCGCGUCGUCGCCUAGAGCAGACCCACGGAGGGCACAGGGAUACGGUGACAUCCCGCUCCUUUUCCGAACUCACGAAUUCUCCGUUAGCCUGAGAUGUGUUUGGCCCCAGCGUCGUAGCUUCCGUUUGUCCGCCCCGAGCCGCUCGACCGGUGUCCUCCUCCCCCGGCUUAGGGUAGUCCCAGGGGCCUCCGCAAGGACCCACGGGGCCAAAUUGUGUGUGCGAGACAACCCCACUCCCGGCUCCCCGCCUUCCCUUCUCCUCUGCACACUUUUUUUUAACGUGGGUGCUGUUUUGUAUUUUGCAGAGAGUGGAGCUACCUGGAAGCACAUGUGUGCCAUGUCUGUGAGUUGCACCUUAGUUCUCAAAAUGAAGAGCCGCCCGGUUAACACAGCUCUCAUCCUCCGUCCCCCCCCAGCGCCGUUUAACGUUGGCCACCAUUUCUAGGUUUCCGAGUCGGGAACAGCGGCCGGUCCGGUCCAGAGCGUUCACAUCGGGAUCGCCGAGUCCUCCUCCCGGUGAGACUGACCCAACAUUUUCCCAGUUCCCACCCGGAGGCUCAGAGCGCUUCCUUGGAGCCCCGCUCGGUCGGGAGGAGGAGGAGCUGGGACACGGCAGUCGGGAUGAGGGAAUGUUCAGAACAGUGGAAGUCGGAGUCUUCUACAACCUUUCCGUUCCCGUCCGCCGGGAGAACUGCAGUACAUCCUUCGGGAUUCCUGCACAGGCGACGCCCACCGCACUCGCCCUUCUCCCAAGCGUCCGCCUGCCCGAAAUGGACCGCGGUUCCCUGCCGGCGUCUGAUCACUCCGCUCUUGCGGCUCUCCUGCCUCAAGGAAGUGGAGACUUUCGUGGGGACUCUGGUUUGAGGCAUUUCGGGGGAUUUAAGGCUCUUGAUCCAAACUCUGGUUCUGAAGGCUGCGGUUGAGAGCACAAAAAAUAGGAUCUGGUCUCGUCUCAGGUUCAAGUCUGAAGUCAAAACCUACUUGGGAGGGAAUUGCCUUGUUGCUGGCAGGUUGUGGUUUUUCCCUCAAGCGGAGGGGCUGUGGCCCCGCCUUGAGAGCUCUGCGGGGAGAGAAGAUCAUUUCUUAAAGGGUCCCUCCUCUUCUCCCCCUCCGCCGCCCCCCGUUUCGUCGGUUCAGGCCCUCCCGGGAGGUGAUUGUUGGAAAAAAACCAUUUUGAGCCAUUUUAAAUCAGGGCGGGGGCUCGAAAGGGCUUCCGGUAAAGCCUAAGAACCGCCCCCUCGCCCCCGAAAAAAUACCUUCUCAAAUUCAAACUUGGAAAAAACAAAUCCGCUUGUGAGGUGAAACAGCCGUUUGGCCUUCGGCGGAGCCAUCACUUCUGGUCCUGGCAAGAGUUUUGCACGUAGCAGCCCCUGCUUCUUACGGACUUGGAGAUCUUGGACCAUUGGACCGAUCAACUCACUUCAUCCACCGCCCCACCCCGCCUCCGACUCUAAAAAUAUUCCCGUGCAUUCAUCCCAUUUCUCCAUUCAGUAGUCUUUUAAUCUUGCUGGUUGUACACUCUUAAAGUUUUACUUCUGCCUUAAGGUUUAAUCCUUUUUAUGUAGUUUUGCCCCGAAAUAAGUGUUGAGUUUGAUGGCUCUGCUGUUGAAACCACGAGUUGACUGGGUUCAAAAUUAAGAAUUAAUAAAAAAAAAAAAGUCUUGUUUAAGUUUUGCGGUUUGGGUGCUUGGUUCUGAAUCUCCAACAGCAAGGUUGAAACCACAAGUUGCGUUCAAAAUUAAGAAUUAAUAAAAAAAAAAAAAGUCUUGUUU